AUGUGUUCAACUGCGCUGUGGACAAGAUCAAUAGAACUCUAUGUGGAGAAGGAUGAGAUUUCUGAUGAUGGAGCUGGUCAAGAAGAAAACAUUGAUGGAGGUGGUCAAGAAGGAGUCAAUGAUGAUGGAGAUGGUGAAGGUGAAGGAGGCAACGAUAGAGCUUAUGCUGUUAGAGGUGAUGAGGAUUGUUUCGGUAGAGUAGAUGAUGAUGAGGAAGAUGAGGCUUGCGAUUCUGAGGCCACUCCUCAGAAUUCAGAUGAUGAGGAUGGUGGAUCCGAAAAAUACCUUAGGUAUAAAAAAGGCAGUGGAGAGAUAAGAUUGGGGCAAGUAUUUGACAGCAUACCUUUGUUCAAGGAAGCUGUUGUGGAGUAUGCGCUUAAGGAAGGAACUAAUGUGAAGUAUUCAAGAUGGGGUUCUGAAAAAUCGGAAGUGAUAUGCUCUAUUGGUGGUGGCUGCAAAUUCAGAAUCUAUUGUUCUUUUCAAAAAGAAAAGAACACAUUCCAAGUCAUGUCAUGCAAUGAUUUCCAUUCAUGUAUCCCAAACAAGUAUAGCAAGGUAGUGAAGGAUGGGGUCAUUUCUAAGUUAGUAUUGGAUGACAUUAGGAAUGAUCCUACUUUCAAGCCGAAGGCAAUACAAGCAGUGAUGGAGGACCAUUACAACUUGGUGGUCACUCCAGAUCAAUGUAGAAAAGCCAAGACAAAACCAUUGGCAAUCAUUCAAGAUGAACAUGAUGAGAAAUUUGCUAGACUAAAGGACUACCGUCUAGAGCUUCUUGAUUCUAACCCGGGAUCGACUGUUGAAGUGGGAACAAUGAGAGCUGAUGAAAGUAUUGAGAAGGUUGACAGGUUCUAUGUCUGUUUGGCAGCACUCCGGAAAACAUUUGUUGCUCAUUGUCGACCAAUAUUUGGGAUAGAUGGUUGCUUUUUGAAGAAAAAUGUCAAAGAUCAACUCUUGGUAGCUAUAAGACGAGAUGCCAACAACCAGUUCUUCCUUGUUGCAUGGGCUAUUGUGCCAGUAGAGAAUACAUAUAGUUGGAUAUGGUUUAUUCAACUUCUUAAAACAGACUUGCAACUUGGAGAUGGACAAGGAUUUAGUCUCAUCUCAGACAGGCAGAAGGGUUUGCUUAUUGCUGUGGAGCAAGAGUUGCCCAAUGUAGAGCAUCAUUUGUGUGCAUGCCACAUCUAUGGGAACCUUAGGAGAGCAUAUCCAGACUACAACAGAGCCACUGAAGAACUAAAGAAGUUUGAUCAAGGUGUUUAUGAAGCUGUGAUGNAAAGUUGUGAUGUCGAAGAAUCCAGAGAAUUAGUCUUACAACAAUGCUAUCAACAAAGCAAGGGAGAUGCCAUUGGUAGCAAUGUUGGAGACCAUAAGACGACAAUGCCUGUACGAAAUGAAAUGAGAAGAAAGAAGGCUGAAAAGCACAAGGGGAAGUAUACUAAGAAAGUUGCUAAGACCAUUAAAGAAGAGCAGCAACACAUGAAGUAUUGUCAGGUAAUCCCCUGUGGCAAUGGUCAUUAUGAGGUGGCCGAACAUGUUCAUCAUGGUUUCAGGGUUGAUAUGAAUGCAAAAACAUGUGCAUGUAGAAGGUGGAAUAUGACUGGAAUUCCUUAUCGUCAUGUAUUGCGUGUAAUUGGGAUGAAGAAGAAUCUAAAGUCUGAGGAUUUUGUUAACUCUGACUGGUAUUUGACAUCAAGAUUGGUGGCUCAGUACAAUGAGACAAUGAGAAGAGUUAAUGGUAUGUACUUUUGGAGAAAAUCCGGUGAAACAGAGACUCAACCGCCACCUAGAGAAGUUGCUAAAGGGUGA